AUGGAGGAUUCACCCGACAAAGUGGAUCGGUCGAUAUCAUACACGGUCACGUCAGAGAAGUUCAUGGGUGAGCUCAACAGGGACAAGGGGCACUUAUGGUGGGUCUCGGGAAAACGCACAACUCGUGUCCCGAAGCCGAUCCUCACAUGUCGCCGACUUUUUGGGUACGACGGGACCGGUUCUUUCUCGUCUCUCUCCAAGUUACAAGUUGCCCAUAUCGCCAUGAAGACCAAGACGCCCGCUACUGCCCGCUCGGGUCUCUUUGGAGAUGACUUCCGCACCAGCAAGAAAGACAAGCGCCAGAUCAAACAUGCGACCCUCAUGUCAAAGAUUGCUAAGAGCUCCAAGUCUCAGAAGAAGCGCCGCCCCUCCAAAAAAUUAGUCGCAAACCUCGAGUCCCUAGCCGAUGCCCUACCGGAUGCGGCGGAUGAAUCGCACGAUGCUGCCAGUCAGGCCAAUGUCAUCAAGCAGAAGACACUACGACACAAGCCGGGUGCUUUGAAGCGUCGGGAAAAGCUGGAGAAGGUGGAACGUGAUCGCUUCGCACGGAACAUGGCCCAGAUGUCCGGUCUGCAAACUCAAGCAACCGAGAGUGCAGAGCCCAGCGCCGAAUCUAAUCCGACCGCAAAUCGCUGGUCGGCGCUACGGAGUUUCAUCUCGCAGACCAUGGAGCAACAACCCGUCUUCAAAACCACUAAGUGA